UUUAUCUAAAUUCAAGCUACAUCAAGUAGUAUUAAUAGCAGCGAUGCAGUCACCGGCGGCCGCCCCUGUCCACCGUGCAGUGGCCACUCCCGAUGAUUCUGCGGUGGUGAAACAAAUUGAGAAAACCCAUUACCCUAAUGGAGAAGAGAUCGACGCCCUGUCUAUCCUCAAUAUCGCCAAAGGCAUUUUGGAUGACUGCAAGAGUACUCCACCCACUAAGACUUCUGAAGAAGGAGAAGGUGACAGUGCCACAUUGACACCAGAGCUGCAAUUUGAAGUGUACAGGCUUUCCGUCCAGCUUUCGUACAGGAGUUUGGAAGCAAGAGAAGAUGUGCAGGAAAAGACUGUGACUCUCUUCAACAUGCUCUCAAGCUACUCAUGGGAUGUUAAGGUGGCACUCAUCCUUGCAGCUUAUGUUUCCAGCUAUGGAGAAUAUUGGCUUAUUGCCCAGACAUACAGAGAUAAAGAUCAAGUAGCCAUGGGCAUGGUAGCUCUCCUGCAAAUGUCUGACCUGCUAAUAGACGACAACAAGAAACUAGAGACACUCUUCCAACCUCUUCAUAAACUAGUCAAACCCAUCCUAGAUUUGUGCUACUGCAUCGUGGAGGUUAAGAAAUUCUUCUUAUCUGUUUUUGCUUCUUCAGACACCAGAGGAGGAUUUCCUGGGUUAAGAGCCACGGUUAUCAUCUGUAGCUAUUGGAUCAUUAGAUCUGCUGUUAUUUGCACGUCAUAUAUGCAUUCCCUCAUCGUAAAGGAUCCUAGGACCACCUCCAUGGAUGGAGAGCUAGACAGCUUGGCUCGCAAGAUUCAACCACUGCGAAAUCGUCUAACGGAUCAACUCUUCAAAUGCUACAAAACACUAGAUGUUAUUGACAAGAUUGAAGUGGUGGGGCGAACCUUGAGGACUAAUGAUAUUGAUAAUAUGAAAGUCCUUAAGUUGUUAGUUGGUGCCAGGGACGACAAACAGACAUCAGUCUUUGACCUCUCCAGUGAAAAACAGGUUAGCUUAGAAACUUUGAAGAACAAGACUGUGCUGCUGUUGAUAUCAAGCACAGACGACAUUUUGUUGGAGAAGGAACUUCCUUUUCUCCAAGAAUGGUACGCGAAAUGCGAUGAAGUCCAAAGGAGGCAGCAUGCGAUCAUCUUGUUUCCCAUUACACGAGGCCAAGCCAAGAAAUGGACUGAUCAGUCGUCCAUGAUAAGUAAAAUGUUUAGAGUGCCUAAUUUCUACAUGGUAGAUGAUCCUCGAUCCAUAGAUCCAACCGUCAUUCGCGUCCUUAAAGAGAAAUUCCUCAUCAAUUUCCAAGAAGGGCCGCCAAUUGUUGUUGCAGUUGGCCCUUCAGGAAGAGUUGUCCAUCCUAAUGCAUUGCCCAUGAUUUGGACAUGGGGAUCUAAGGCCUUUCCUCUUACAUCCCAAAACGAAGAAUCCCUCCGGAACAGCGAGACAUCCAAGAAGGUUGAGCUGCUCAUAAAAGACCUCGACGACAAAUUACUGGAAAUGGUUAAGGAAGGCCAAAAAUCUAUUUGCUUAUUCGGAGGGGAUAACAAGGAGUGGAUUCUUAGGUUCGCCAGCGAGGCAAAAGAAGUUGCUAAUUCCCUCCGUGUGACUCUGGAGAUGUUCUUUCUGGGAAAAAGCACAGACAGUGUGCCCAAAAUGGAGAUGAUAGCCCCAUUUCUGUAUUCAAAUAAACUGGUUUCCGAAUCUCCAAAGCUUUCCGGCGCCAAGAUGCUGUCAUUCUGGGAAAACCUCCAGCGCAUGCUACUCUCCAGGGCGCAAUAUCUUAGCAAGAAAAACACUAGUGUUGAUGAUGAUGAAGUGCUGCAAGGGUUGGGGAAAUUGGUGGACAAGAGUGGACGUGAAGGAUGGGCGAUGUUCAUCAAAGGGAACCACAUAGCUUUGAUCGGAGACGAGGAUGUGAGCAUGAAAACCCUGAGUGAUUUUACAAAAUGGAAGGGAAAUUUAGAGCGGAUGGGUUUCGAGGGAGCGUUGAAAGAUCACUUGGAAAGGGUUGAAGGUAGCCCUUCUGAUCGCCCAUGUUGCCACCUGCACUUCCAGCAUGAAUUGAGUGAUGAGAUGGUAGAGAACAUCAAGUGUCCAGAGUGUCAUCGGAGAUUGGGGAAGUCCACUGCUUUCUUAUGCCACAACCUGAUGAGUGAAAUAGCAUGAAAUUAACAUAUGUACAACCCAAGAUUUGAGCUGAGUAUAAUGGUCAAGAAAUGUAAUUGGCUACUAAACUUUAAAAAACUCCAUCUCUAUUUGUGAAAUAAAAAUAAAAAUACAAUUUGCACA